CAUCACAAGAAGUAUCGACAAAAAAAGCAAGACGCAUUUCAACAAUCCAGUAAAAGAUCUCAUCACCGAUACCGAAAUUAUCGCACUGUCAUUAUCGCGAACUUUUUGACGGCACCUCUCAAGACUCAUUGUUUGCUCAUCUCACCGCCACCAACAUGUUUCUUUGUUGUGAUUGACUACAACUCAACGUUUAGAUUGGCCAGUCAAGCUGGCACACGGCAAACCUGUCUGCGUGAAUCACGACUAGAGGUGGGGAGCUAUUUGGUGGUGUUGCCUUGAUACGUCUGUGUGGUAGACACACAAAGUCAGUGCUACUAUUUUCAUCCCAGAGGCCAAAGAACAACCGUCUUCCGCCUUCAUCUCAAGACAACAGAGACGAUUUUCAUGACACAAAAGAGCGCACUUCCUUUCAAAUUGAAUUCUUUUUGUUGUUCAAUUCUCUGUUCAUACCAACUUCACUCAGCCUUCACAUCUCACCUCAACCAUGCCUCCCAGAGUCAGUAGACGUAAUACCCGCCUCACAAGUCGGGAACCCGAGCAACCGCCUGCAAAUGAGUCGCCGAAUACGUUGGUGAGGCCUCAUUUACCGGCUCUGCAAGGGACGCCAAGUACACGGAGACAGUACACAUACGGCUCUGGUGCUGAGCCGCCGCCAAAGGUGGGAGCUGGUCUGCAGCGCAUGGAUUUGGGCAGUGCUGUCAAUCAAGCCCUGGCCAACAAUGUCGAUGAUGAGGAAGAAUUCGUGCGACCAGCUAAGCCAAGGGCAGCGCCCACAAGGGUAGAUGAUGCGGGUCCAUCAAGAGACAAUACAUCACGCCCAGCAACAGGCGCUGUUCAACAGUUAGCGACUGGGAGGGAUGACGAUAGCUCACGAAGCUUUGGGUUGGAAAGUGACUACUACGAAGAUGCAACGAUAGGAUCGGUGCCACCUUUGAUAGCAAGAACUGAAAGGCAAUCAACUGCUUCUAACCCAAACCCUCGAGCUCAACGAGAUACGUCUGUACAGCGCAGCCUACAGCCAUCUCGUCUUCGCGAGCAACACAGUCUUGAGGCGCAACCUAGUAGACCUAGGGAUACUCAACAAACGUCACUCCAAGUACCCAGACAAACGCGGCAGAAAUCGCGUGAACCAGAAGAACCCGAGCCGGAAAAGAGGGCUGCGCCUGCUACCCGUAGUAGGACUACGGCGAAUACACCAGCCCCAAACAAAACUCGACAAAGCCAGCCCCGGCCUCGAAAACCUACGGUAGUGGAAGAUAGUGAGGAGGGUGAAAGCUCUGCUGAAAGCUAUGAAGAUGAUAUCGAGAGUGAAAGCUAUGAAGACGAUAUCGAGAGUGAAAGCCAAUAUGCAGGCAAUGCAAGAAAGCCAUCUCGAGACGCCGCUCCUGAGAGGAGAGAUCAAAGAACAAGCGGAGACCACAGCCUUUUUUCUAGAAUCAAUAGGCCUGCUUCGCCAUCGAGUGCAUUUGAAAGGGCCCGUCGAAUUCCCGAUGAUGCACGAGAGCGUGAUUGGGCCAUCCAGCGAGAAAUUCAAGAAGCAGAGGAUCAAAUUGCUCGUGAGCGAGCUGAGCGAGCUGAGAGAGAACAGGCACCCCAAAUAGAGCCGUGGCGUCAAUGGCUUCGGGAACAGAUUGCUUGGUUAUCAACACUCUGGCCAUUCAACUUGAUCUGGAGACGGCGUGAAGACAAUGACUUUGACGAUUUUGACGAUGAUCAAUACAACAAUGGCGGCCCUACAGAUUGGUGGCGGUUACUAAAUCCCAUGACAUAUCUGCAGUCUGUUGUAUGGUUGGUCGAUAGGAUUAUGGAUCAUUUCGUCAACCUUCUCGACGGAUUAUCUGGUGUUCAAAUUCGAGGUUCUUGGGUCGAAAUGGCGGUCUAUACUGUUCUCAUCGGCACCGUUGGUCUGUCUUUGGGGAUCUUUCUCGUUUCGGGCAUGGGAGCUUUGCGGCCGUCUCUACCAAGUGUUCCAAAUUUUGGAUUAGGUGGUGUUCACUUGCCGAACCCUGCUGGCUUUGUUCACAGUGUUGGAGAUAUGAUACCGUCGUUCCCAGUACCCUCAUGGCCUUCCUGGAGCAGAGACGACGACGAGCAUGAUGUCUUCGCAUACAAUCCCAUUGACAACAUUGAACUUGCGGAUGAAGUCAAAAAAGCAGUGAAAAAGCUGACAUUAAAACUCAGUGACCAGAAGAAAAGUCUCGAGAAGCUGGAAGCGAAACUACCUUAUUUCAUCACCAUGGAAACCAUCAAUGGAAAGCCCUCUAUUCCUCAACAGUUCUACCAUGGUCUUCAAGAUUAUCUGAAGCAGAGUGGGAGCUUUUUGAACAUGAAGAAGAAGGGCGGAAACUACGAGAUCUCUACGGAAAAGCAAUGGAAGGCUAUCGUGGCGGGACUUGGUAAAGACAAAGAUUUCAAGUCGAAGCUCACGAAAGCUGUUGACAGUGGCAUUGAGGAGAAGCUGCCUGCUUUCUGGGAUACAUGGUUCAAGAAUAACAACAAGGUUCUCGAACCGCUCAUUGAAAAAGCAAUAACUAAGACAAAGGCUGCUGGAUCAGGAGCUGGAUUCGACAAGAAAGUCGCCCAGAUUGUUAAUGAGCAACUCAGUAAGCAGAACCAGACUGUUGUUCCUCGCAGCGAAUUCAUAAAGCAUCUCGGGAACGAACUGGCAACUCAUCAAGCAACAGUCCGAGCUGAGCUCCAGGAGCUGAAGUCGGAUAUGUUGGCUCACAUUGAAGAAUCGAUACGUACUGCACAGUUGAUGGCUCCUAAGGGAACAUCGGACGCUGAGAUGAGAAAACUCAUUCGAGAGAUCGUUAUCCAGACUAUAUCAGACGGAGGCCUUGAAGCUGGUGUCAAGACAAAGAUUCACGAAGACUGGAACAAGCGGCUCAAACAUCAGAUUAACUUCUUCGCAGUCGGCGCAGGUGCUACCAUUGAUAACGCUCUCACGACAGGUGUAUGGGAUCCAUUCAAGCAGGGUGUUGCUACUAAAGAAGCUUUGAAGCGUGGCGUCUCUGGCGUACACCCUCUCCCGGCCGUGGCAGCGCUUCUCCCCUGGCAGGAUGAAGGAGACUGUUUUUGCUCAGUUCAUGAUAUCGAUGGCAGUGGACGAUAUCAUGGUGCCAGAAUCUCCGUUCACCUUGGUCACUUGGUCGUUCCCACUGACAUCGUCAUUGAGCACAUCAAUCAGAACGCAACAACAGAUCCCCUGGCUAGACCGCGACAGAUCGAAGUCUUUGCUAGAUUCGAAGACGAAAAAGAGCGUGAUCAAGUCUUUGCUGUAACAGCCCACUGGUUCAGAGAAGACACAACUAAUCGGAACAUCUCUGUUCCCUUAUCUAACCAAUUCGUCAAGAUCAGCGACUUUGACUACGUUGGAAACGAGUUAAACGAUGGUGUACAUGUACAGCACAUCAACGAUGGGUUCUCCAACCUCAACAUCGGUACAGAUCAGAUCGUCGUUCGAUCCAUGGGCAAUUACGGCGCUGUGGAUCAUACGUGUUUUUACCGCGUCCGGUUAUUUGGAAACGUGGUGGAAGAGUUGGUGUAAAAACUAACGGAUAAAUAAAUCUGUUGGUGCAGUUUAGACUUCGAUGUGCUUCCUGGGCGUUGAGGAUAGGUGAUUGAUUCAUGUAAAUAUUCUUGUAUGGGAGUGUGAAUUAUAUACGCGAGGCAUUGAAGCGUGGAGCUGGGAUGGGAAUGGACAGCUUUUGCUGAGAAUGGUGCUACUUAUAAUUCACUCAUGACUUUUUCUGACAUGUAAGAAUUCUUUCAAUAAGAUA